UAAAUAAAUUAAUUUUUAAAAUUUUAAAAAUGCUUUCAUCCAGUUGUCUCUCCCUAACAUCUCCUACUACAAAUGAAACAACAAAAAAACAACAAAAAUAUUCCUUUCCCCCACCUUUACACGUUCACAGUCCUUCCCCUAUUUCGAGUAAUUUAUCGCAAGAAAGACGUUCUCCUUCACUUUUUGAUUUACGUAGUGGAGAAAAUGAAGAAGGAGAAUUAUUACCCCCACAAUUAACAACAACAACAACAAAAUAUCCAUUAAUUUAUAAUAUGCCAGCUUUGUCUGUAUCAAGUAUUGUUUUAAACCAACCACAAAAUAACAACAAACAAAAAAUCCAUUUAUACCAACAAAACAAUAAACGUUAUAAACAAAAACAGCAGCAACAAUAUUUACAAGAACCUAAUUAUUUUGAAUAUCCAACACCUUUAAAUGAUUUUAAUAAACCUAAUUACUAUAUUCAAAAUAUUCCUCAUCAACAACAUCAACAUUAUAAUCAUCAUUAUUAUCAACAUAAAUUAAGUACUUCAAAUCGACUACCCUUAUCAAAUCGUUACAAUAAAUCUUGUGAUUGGCUUGCACCAUUUCCUCGUGCAAAAUGCAGCAUUGAAUCUUAUGGGCAUGAGGAGAAUUAUUCAACUAGUAAUUACCGGUUAAAUCCCAUUGCACAGGUAAAUUAA